AUGUCCUACGCAAAAACCACAGUGUCAACAGAUGCGGAGAAUCGGAGGAGAAGAUCUACGGCUGAAAGUUCGGAACCACUGUGGGACCAUGAUCUUAGGAGUCAUCGUCGUAGUUCCCAGUGUGACAGACUCUGUGUGGCUGGCAUUCACCCUGAACUCGCUGACACUCCAUCCCCAUGUGCCUCUCAACACUUUGGUCAGUACACUCGAAAGUGCCACUCUGCUAACAGAGCACAUUCCAUUCACUCCCGUUGCACAGAUGAUGGUUGGCAGGAGGGCAGUUGCAGAACCACUAUCCGUGCAGAAAAUGAAGUGGAGGCCCACAAACUGGCUAACAACUACAGGUUUGGUUUCAGAAAGUGGAAGAGCCAUGUUACGGAGCGUCCUAUUGAAGAUAGAUCAGAAGUCGUCAAGGAGCUCUAUUCAGAGCUAAAUUACAUCAGACCACACACAGGCUCAUUGAUCACCUGUGGGAAUAUAGCGUAUGUGUUUUUAUUUGGCUGGUGGAUCUCAUGUGUGUACCUCCUGGUUAGUCUUCUGAUGUUUUGUACCAUCAUUGGAUUCCCUUAUGGGAAACUCUGCUGGAAUUUGGCACUUUAUUUUCUCUGGCCAUUUGGAAAGGCAAUGCAGAAGAGCAGCAGCUUGGUCAGGAGGUGCUGUGUAAAGUUCCCCAACUGUGAGGCCAUCCCAGAGGAGGACAAUGAGAUAAAAGAGACCAGUCAAGUGAAGGAGACCACACCACUUUUGAUUCCCCCUGCACCCAUCUCCACAGAGGUCCCCCUGGGUGUCCAAGCAACGCAGCACCCCAUAGCCUACUGGUCUCGUCCGAGCACAUAUGCCUGGCUGUUGUUGGGAUACCCACUCUUGGCUGUGAUUCACAUCAUCGCCUGCUUUUUCUCUUGGAUGCUUGUCUUCACUGUCCCUGUGGCCAAGAUGAAUGCCAGGAUAUUGGGCACUAUCCUCCUCAUGCCCCCAGAGGAAGUUCACAUUCGCCCAGUAAAAAAACCUCAAGGCUGUGAGACCAAAGUCCUCCUCUGUUGCUACAAUGCUUUCAACUGGUACUACUACAAAUACACAGUGGAUGGCAUCAACGUGUUUGCUGUCAACCUGCUGCCGCUGGUCAUUCUCAGUAUAGUGAUUGGCUAUGUGGACAGAGAUGAUCACUACGUCAGCUCUGAGGCCAAGUUUGCCACUGCAGUCAGCUCCAUCAUCCCACUCUCCUACUACAUUGGAAUGGGCAUUGCAAGUAUUUCUGCACAGAGUAACUUUGCAGUGGGAGCAGUGGUGAAUGCCACCUUUGGCUCCAUCACUGAGAUGACCUUUUACAUCACUGCUCUACUCCAGGGUCAUCGCGCCGGGAGCAAAUGCUAUGAGGAGAUUGUCAAAGCUGCUUUGACCGGAACCUUGCUGGGCUGCAUCCUCUUCAUCCCUGGCAUCUGUAUGAUCAUUGGGGGCUGUAAGCACAGAGAGCAGAGAUUUAACAGUCGCUCUGCUGGGGUCAGUUCUGCCUUACUUUUCAUAUCUGUAGGAGGUGUGUUUGCACCUACUCUGUUCUCUAAAGCCUAUGGAAAUCUGAUGUGUGAGGGAUGUAGCAGUUCUCCCGUGAACACCAGCAAUGCAAUCGUUUGUAGGAACUGCCACUAUGACCUGAGUGAACACAACCCAUCCCUUUUUCUGAGUCAUAUUGAGCCUUUGGUGUAUACUGUGUCCAUACUGCUGCCUGCUGCCUACCUCAUUGGUCUCAUCUUUACCCUGAAAACCCAUUCUCACAUCUAUGACAUCCACAUCAGUGAUGGCCACAGCAAUGUACCUGGUCACCAUGGUGCAGUAGUGCACUGGUCUCGAUGGAGAGCUCUGGUGGUCCUCAUAAUAGCCACUCUACUGAUGGCAGCCUGUGCUGACCUCACCACAGAGAACAUCAAACCCAUCAUCUCCCACUCCAGCAUCUCCCAGUACUUCAUUGGUGUUACCGUGUUGGCCAUGGUUCCAGAAAUCCCAGAGAUUGUUACUGGAAUCCAGUUUGCUCUACAAAACAACAUUAGUCUCAGUCUGGAAGUUGGAAGCUGCAUUGCAGUGCAAGUCUGUAUGCUUCAGAUUCCCUUACUGAUUUUGUUCAAUGCCUUUUAUGAUGUGGGCUUUGUUCUCAUCUUCAGUGACUUGCACUUGUGGGCAAGCAUUUUCAGUGUCAUCUUAGUGAAUUACAUCCUCAUGGAUGGAAAGUCAGACUAUUUUCAAGGGACUGCAUUAGUGAUCGUCUACUUCAUCCUUCUGGCUUUGUACUUCUUUGCCCCUUCCCCAAUUGGCUGCUGA